UUCUGCCUUGAAUACCAAAUUUAAGCUACAAUUGCUGUGGAGCUGGUGUUUUGCAGGUAUGCCAUACAGGGCACUUUUGUGUAGUGGUAACACUGUUUAGAAAGAAGUCAGUCUAUCGUAUGCAUCUUUUCCCCCUUUCCAUCUCUCGGGCUCCCUGUGUGAAUGCUUUGAGUAUACAUUCUGCAUGGCAUAGUACUGUACCCUCAGACUGCAGCUGUGACUCUUGCUGGCCAUGAGACUGCCAAUCAGAUUGGAGUGCAUUUCCUUCUCGGAUAAUCCACCCUCUAACCAACCCCUCACUGGUUGUGUUUCGUGGUGCUUUCGCUUGAACCCAGAGCCUCCUGCACAGGAGUCAAGGGCUCUACUGCUGAGAUUCAUUUUGGUCUCAACAAGUGCUUUAUAACUUUUUAAGUGGACUUAUUCUGUAGUAAAAUGAAAAAUUGUAUGUAAAUAAGAUAAACAACCUUCAGAGAAACCAGUGUCUUAAUUUUUCAUAUAAAAUGUGAUUAACUGUGAUUAUGUUUUUAUUGAAGAGGGGUGUAGGAAGAUUAAAAUUUCACACAGACCAGCAGAACGCAUGCUGAGGUGAUUAGCAUACUGCACAUACUAAGCCAGAAGAGAUUCCCCCCCCCCCUUCCUAUUAGGGAAGAGCCUAGUACACUGGUACAGGUGUAUCACUGCGGCUAUUUUGGGUGUUUUUCUUAAGUUGGAAAGGAUGCUUAUGGUAGUUUUGAGCUUUGAGUAUGAGCAUGCCCAUGUACGCUGAGACACUCUGAUCUCUUCCUUACCUGCCCAGUUUUUACCAGAACAGUGGGAAGGUCUCAUUAACUGUACUUUAGAGAGUUCAUUGACACUGUAUGUACUGGUGGGAGACCUCGGGGUCUUUGGCCAGUUGUUUGCCUCUCAUGAACCCCCCUUCUCUUGGUCAUAUUUCUUCUACCUUGCUCUCUCCAGAGUAAGAGAUUGCUAGCAAUGUCGACGAUAUUAUGUGACAUCAUCAUCACAUCCUGACGCACAGUCCUUGUUCAUUUCUUUUCACUGCUUUUCACCUAGACAGUUGAUAAUUUCUCACGGAGAGGUGGCUUCUCAUAUAAUCUGAAAACAACACGUUUAUUCAUUAUGGACACUCAAGGUGGUAUAGUCCCAGUUUGGAUGUUUUAGGUGAUGUUUGCAUUGUUUGUAUUUUUAUGAAGAAAUUGAGAAUAUGCAUUUGAAAUUUAAUAAAUCUUGCCGCCCUAGCAUGUCCUUUAUGUACAUUGUUUAGGGAGUUUUCCUUUUUCUCAGUGUGAAGUAAAAAAAAAAAAAAAAUCCAGUGUUUCUCAACUGUAUUGCUAUUCCUAUUUAGGUAUUUUAUCUAGGUGAGUAUUUAUUUUUCUGUGAAAUAAGUUAAAGAUCAAACCAGGAAAAGUUUUACCAUUUAAAAUGUAAAUGAAGAUUAUAUUCAAUAAAAAAGAUAAAUAUCGAUUAUUAUCAUUCCCCACAUAUUUUUCUGAAUACUUUCCUUUGCUGGUCGUUCUUUCUUUGAGAUUUAUUCAUAUUGUUUUUGUGCCAUGUUUCUUUGUAUAUGUGGUGCUGAUUUUAUGCUGACAUUUCUCUACUUAGCCAUCUGAUUUUCUUAAUUAUUAAGUCUUUAUAAAAGUUAUUUGUGGGUAGUAAGCAUAGUGUUUCUUGGCAAAUAUUUUAACUUGUUUUGUAUAUUUUUGUCCUUAUCCUUUCAUGCAGAUUUUAGAAUGACCCUUAGAAGAUUUCUCUGAUAUUUUGCAUGUAGUUUGUGUAUUAAUUGACAAAUUGACAUCUUCAUUUUAUUGAAUGUUCCCCUUCAGAAUAUCACAUACAUCCUAAAUUAAUAGAGAGAUAAACUAAAAAAGGGGGGAAAGAAUCCUUAAAUAGACCAACUCAUAUAUGUGAAAGUGAAUUUUUGGUGAAUGAAGAAGACAGGGUUUUCUCCAUACAAUCACGGAACAAUUCUUGCCAUGUGAGCAGAAGGAUCUUCAUAUAAUUGUAUGCCACAUACAAAAGAAUCCGGAAUAGGUCAUAGAUAUGCAAGUUAAGCCUUUAAAAUCUCUAGAGAAGAACACAGGAGAAAAAUCUUCUGAUCUUGAAUUUGAAAAGAUGGGACACCAAAAUGUGGUCCUCAAGUGAAUGAAUUGGCUGAUCCUGGGUCUGUGAGAUGGAGAGUGAUUAUAGAGAGAUGCUGUUGUUGACCGGCCUGGACCACAUCACAGACGAGGAACUGAAACGGUUCAAGUACUUUGCCUUGACUGAGUUUAAGAUUUCCAGGAGCACACUCAACACUGCAGACAGGACAGAGUUAGCUGACCAGCUGAUUCAGAGUGCUGGUGCAGCAUCUGCGGUGACGAAGGCCAUUAGUAUUUUCCAGAAGUUGAAUUAUAUACAUAUUGCAAAUGCUCUUGAAGAGAAAAAGAAAGAAGCUGAAAGUAAAUACAUGACAAAUGCAAAGAAGAGAGGACCACAGAAAGUAGAAAACAGAAGUAAAGCUGAAAAAUGUUCUGUUGCCUCUGCCACCUGCAAUGACAAAGACUUCAAGGAACCUUCUGCUACAGGAGUCUGUCCUCAAGCUAAGCCUCAGACGAAACAGAUGGUGGUGGCAGAACAGGAAGCCAUCGGAGAAGAUUUGCAGAGGGAGCCACUUGCAGUCAUGGUGCUGAAAGCUAUAAAUCCCUUUGAGUGUGAGACCCAGGAAGGAAGACAAGAGAUAUUCCAUGCAACGGUGGCCACAAAGACAGACUUUUUCUUUGUCAAAGUUUUAAAUGCACAGUUUAAAGAUAAAUUUAUCCCAAAGAGAACAAUUAAAAUAUCAAACUACCUUUGGCGCAGUAACUUCAUGGAGGUCACCAGCUCCUCAGUUGUGGUUGAUGCUGAAUCUAACCAUGAAGUCCGUGUCCCAAAUAACAUUAUUAAGAGAGCUGGAAAAACUCCCAAGAUUAAUAAACUGAAAAUUCAGCCAUGUGGAACAAUUGUGAAUGGGCUGUUUAAAGUCCAGAAGAUAACAGAGCAAGAAGAUAGAGUACUAUAUGGCAUCCAUGAUGGAACAGGGACCAUGGAGGUGUUGGUGCUUGGAAACCAGAGCAAAAAGAAAUGCGAGGAAGGAGACAAGAUUAGACUCACAUUCUUUGAGGUGUCAAAAAGUGGAGAGAAAAUUCAGUUGAAAUCUGGACCUUGUAGCUUCUUUAAGGUUAUUAAGGCUGCAAAGCCAAAAACUGAGAUGAAGAGUGUGAAGUCAACUCAUAUAAAAAGUGUUUUCCUGAAGAAACCUAAUGCUGCUUCUUGAACCAGACUGAGUUACCUGAGGAUGAUAGUUUACAGCCUUAUCUUCUGAUUAUAUUAGCUAGGAAAGAACAAACACUCAAAAAACAACUGGAAAAAUGUAUGUAAACUUAUUAUUAAUUAAAUUAUUGCUUUGUCUAAGGGUUGGUAUAUUUGUUCUCUGCAUAGUAGUUGAAGGUAUGAAUACAGCAGGAUUAGAGUUAUGACAGAUGUGUCUGGUAGGAGAGAAGCCUGCUGUUGAGAGAGAAGAAGGUUGGUGAUAUAUUUUUUUUAAUAUAAUUUUUUAAAUUUUCUUUUGGGGAGGAGGUUACAAGGGUGGGAGGGUGGCUAGGGAGUACUAAGAGAUUGGAGUACAUUAUGUGACAUUCCCAAAGACUCAAUAAAAGAAUUAUGCUUUUUUAAAAAAGAAAGAUGGUUGAAAAAUAAACAAACAAACAAACAAACAAACAAAUAUGAUUUUACUCAGGAUUCAAAAAGUUGCAAAAAGUUUGUGGCUGUUCUAUUUUUAUUACGUAUUCUAUUUUUGAUAUUAUAAGAUAACAAUACUAUUUCCCUCUUUCCUUUCUUCCCUCUAAACCCUGCCAUGCACCAUUCCUUGCUUUCUUUCAAGUGCAUGGCUUUCUUUUUCAUUAAUCAUUGCUAUAAGCAUAUAUGCAUAUCUUCAUACAUACACAAAUACAAUUGGUUCAAUCUAUACAAUGUUGCUUGUAUGUAUAUUUUCAGGAAUAAUCAUUUGCUAUUUAAUAACUAAUUGGUGUGCUCUUUCCCAGGAUAGCAGUUCUUCCAAUAAAAGAAAUGUUAGAUCAUUUGCAAAGAUCACAUCAUUUUUUUAGAUUCAAUCCAGAGAGCUGAUGUUGCAGUACAAACACAUGAGUAAAACCUAAGGAAAGACAAACAUCUUCAGAGAGUGAGGAGAUGGAAACAUUUUCUACCUGGGGCAGGUAGUGCAUACUAGACAACCCACAAAUUAUGAUUAAGUUAAAAUGCUAACAAAUUACCGAAGGUUGAGCUUAGUGCCCUGAGCAUGAGAUCCUCAGAGAAGCACAGUCAUAAGGAGAGCUUAUACCCACUUCCAGACACUAUCCUUGGUGGGCAUGAGAAAGUCUAGGCAUAGUCAUGGCAAAGAUGAGCUACUGUGGGAAAGGCUUGAAGGUCUCCCUUGAUCUUCUCAUAUACGAGGAAAUUCCUCUAGUGUUGCAGGAUAUUUGAUCAGACAGUGAACCCCACAAUUGUGUUGUUUACUGGAAAAAUCUGUUACUAGUUGUGUGGCUCAAUCUUAGCACUCACCUAAAUCCUUCUGACUGGAAUACAGAUAUGCACUUUGUAUACAACUUUAAUCCCAAACAAUGAAGGUAAAGUUAAUUUGUAGAAGGAAGCACCCAUGUUUGAAAGAUGUCUAACUGAGUGGCAGACAAAGGGACAAAUCAGAAAAAGAUUUGACAGAAUAUGAUUGCCCAGGUCUCAUGAGAAGAGAGAGGAAAGGGGCGGCACUUGAGGAGCAGUACAGAGAGGUGGGGUGGGGGAGGGCAGUUUUAACAGGUCAGUUGUACAGAAACAAGCUAGACACAAAUGAAGACAGACAGAACAAGAGAAUGAGAAAUUGUCAGAAGUUUAGAACAUAUUGCCAGAGUUAAUCUGAGCCCAAGUAGAGAAAUUAAGGAGAAGCUGAGAGAAGCCGUAUUGAAUCAGAGUGGAGAGGAGUUUUCAGUAUGGAGGCUUCUAGGACUAGGCCUAGGUUAGUAGACAGAGGCAAUAAGCCUCCAACAUGACAAUUCCAUCUUGUGAAUAAACGUUACUCUUACAUGUUGCAAGAUAUUUCCUAUCCAUUCACACUGAGGCAGUGAGAGGCCAGUGAUUGGAGGGGAAAAAGGAGGGGGAGCGAAGGAGGGAGAGUCUCAGUGGACCCCAGGAGCUGAGCAGAGAGGAAGAUGCGGAGAUCCAGAUGGCUUCAGACGUAUUUCUGGUGUUUUGGAGAGGUUAGAAAUAUUGGGAUAAGACUUUAUCAUUGUAAAUUGGCAUUAUGAAACUGGGAGUUUCUUACACAUAUAUAUAUUUGGUUAACUAUUCAAGUUUAAGAGUCAUGCUUCACGGGAUACUUGGAAGGAGUGGGUGCUGGGCAGAAGCGUGAGACUCCCACCGUUUACAGUGUCUAUGGCAGAGAGGAAACACAGCUGGGAUGCUGUGAGAGCUAGCUAGAAGAGAUAGUCGCAGCAGCAACAGUGAGAGCCAUCCAGAGUGAGAUCCACAGGGACUUGGUGCAGAGGCCUGGGGGGCAGUACUCUUUCUUAAUUAUUACCUACUACACUUACAAUCUAGGGGAGAAGAAACAACACUUUACUCUUCUUCAUGGCAUAGAGACCUUUUAUGGUUUGUAUAUGCUUAGCCCAGGGAGUGGCACUAUUAGAAGAUGUGGCCUUGUUGGAGCAUCACUGUGGGUGUGGGCUUUAAGACACUCAUCCUAGAUGCCUGGAAGCCAGUAUUCUGCUAGUAGCCUUCAGCUCCUCCUGCACCAUACCUGCCUGGAUGCUGACAAGCUCCCACCUUGAUAAUAAUGGACUGAACCUCUGAACCUGUAAGCCAUCCCCAAUUAAAAGUUGUUCUUAUAAGA